GUGUCCCGGUGUAAAGGGAAAGUCUGGUCAGCCUAUGGUUAUUGCACUAUUACCCCUGUAUGUAGCAGUACGGGCGCAGCACAGAGCAGUUACUUUGAUUCAAGAACCAAAUUGUUGCCCCUAUGCCUUUCUUGUGCUCUAUUAUGGUGAAGACAGAGAAGACAUCAGAUGUAACUAAAUGCAUAUAAGCUUCUCAGGUGCCAAAUCUAGAAAGAAGGACAUGAGGACUGAAGGAGAAUAGAGGACAAAUCUCACCAAGACCUCACUAGGAUCCCACUGCUUGUUAUGUGUCUAUAAAGCCUUGGAUGGUCCGGUACAGUACUCUGCCCACUUUCCUACUGACUGAUUGCUAGUUCUCAGGAGCCAUGACCUGGACACUGUAACCUUUUCCUGUAUUGUGUGUAAUGUACAGUAGGUGUUAUUUUUACAUUUGUUUCUUACAGGAGUAUCUCAUAUACUACCUGGAGUGAAUAGAUGCACAAUAUAUUUUUAUAUAGCUCUUCAGUGGAUAAAUGGUUUGAUAAUUUCAUUUAUUUUAUUGCCAAUGUCUAUGGAAAAAAUAUAUUUAUGGCAGAUAAAUUAUUGAGCGACGGAUGGAAAAUUGCACAUCACUUCCACAAUUCCAUAUUGUGGCUUUUUCUUCUUCAUCAGCAUUUGAUUUAUUUUUUUUCUCUGUGUUUCUUCUAUUAUAUCUGAUGGGUCUGAUAGCAAAUUCUGUUAUAAUUACAGUCAUAUAUUUGGAUCAGCAGUUACACACCCCGAUGUAUCUGUUUCUCUGUAAUCUGUCCCUAAUAGAUCUUUGUUACACAACAGUCACAGUCCCUAAGCUGCUGGACAUGUUACUGUCUGGGAAUUACACAGUGUCCUUCAUACAGUGCUUAACCCAGAUGUAUUUUUUUGAUGUAUUUGGCAGCACCGAAAUUUUCCUAUUAUCCGCAAUGGCCUAUGACCGGUAUGUUGCUAUCUGUAAUCCCUUACACUAUCACCGUAUAUUCAGCAGGAUACUUUGUGUGCAACUCAUGGCUGCUGUGUGGAUAUCUGCAUGUUUAAAUUCUAUUUUAGUUACAUUAUCAGCCACAUAUAUGUCUUUCUGUUAUUCAUUUAUAAUCCACCGAUUCUUCUGUGAUUCCAAAUCUCUCAUGGAAAUUGCAAGCGCCAAUCAGGAAAUGUUUAUUGUAGUGGUAUAUUUUGAAAUACUGGUAUUUGGAUGUUGCCCAUUCUUCUGCAGUUUAUUGUCUUAUAUAGAAAUAAUCAGCGCCAUCCUGAAGAUUAAAUCCAGAGAUGGGCGGAGAAAAGCCUUCUCUACCUGCUCAUCCCACCUCACGGUCCUCACCUUAUUUUAUGGGGCAAGUACCUCUGUCUUUCUGAUGCCACAAUCAGACCAAUACAGAGUCCUAGAACAGAUCUUCACUGUACUGUACACUGUGGUUACCCCCAUGCUAAACCCUCUGAUAUACAGUCUACAGAAUAAGGAUGUAAAAAAUUCACUAAAGAGGUGCAUUGGUUUAAAAAAUAAAAUAAUUAAUUAAAGUAAUUGAAAAUGUUUAAAUAUCAUAUCCCAAUAGUAAUUAUAACACACAUUGUGUUAAAAUGACUCCUUGUAGCUGUCUUCCAAUA